AUGGCGAUAUCGAGUGUGACGAGAGGGGCAAUACUAGAAUUUCCCAUAUAUUUGUUUCCCACGGGCAACGUAUCUACACGCGCGAUUCAGUUCUGGUACGCCGUCAACUUUUCCGGCUGGGCAAUGUCCGCUAGGCACGGCGACAUCCACAAUUUAGGUCCCAAAUUCCAUGUUAGUAUAUACCUUGGAUUAGUACGUGGUAACAAGGACAGCAACACCUUAUACUCAAUCACAUCCAGCACGAACCGCGGCUCGGGCUCGUGCCUCGGAGAUUUCAAAUACGAGCUUGGCGAAGAUCGGCAAUUUGGUUCUGCCCCGUGCAUAGGUUAUGGAACUACAGAGUGGGAUGAGAAGGGCCAUUCUGCAAUUUCCCACAUAUUUAUUUCUCACAUUACGUUAGGUGUUGAUUCGAUUCAGUUCAGGUACAAUGUCGGUACGGUAGAACCAACCAUGGGCCAGAAUUCAGUAGCAAACAGCACCUAUAUAUGUUCCAUCACAUUUGGCACAAACCGGGCCCAAUACGGCCCUUUCGGCAUCAAAUCCCGAAGGAGCAUUUUUGAGACAUUCUUCAAGUUUGAUUUAGGCGGAGAUGGACAGUUUGGUGGGUUUCACGGCACUGCUGACACACGCUAUCUCAACUCGAUCGGAUUCUAUUUGAAGCUACGCAUGACUUGA